GUGGCAGGAUGGUGCUGGAAAGCACUAUAGUGUGUGUGGACAACAGUGAGUACGUGCGGAAUGAGGACUUUCCCACCCGGCUGCAGGCCCAGCAAGACGCUGUCAACAUAGUAUGUCAUUCUAAAACCCGCAGCAACCCUGAGAACAAUAUGGCCCUCAUCACACUGGCUAAUGACUAUGAGGUGCUGACCACACUCACUGCAGACACCAGCCGCAUCCUGUCCAAGCUACACACCAUGCAACCCAAGGGCAAGAUCACCUUCUGCACUGGCAUCCACGUGGCCCAUCUGGCUCUGACGAAGCGCCAAUGGGGCAAGAAUCACAAGACGCAUAUCAUUGCCUUCGUGGGAAGCCAAGGCAAUGAGAAGGAUCUGGUGAAACUGGCUAAAUUCCUCAAGAAGGAGAAAGUAAAUGUUGACAUGAUGAAUUUUGGGGAAGAGGAGGUGAACACAGAAAAGCUGACAGCCUUUGUAAACACGUUGAAUGGCAAAGAUGGAAGCGGUUCUCAUCUGGUGGCAGUGCCUCCUGGGCCCAGCUUGACUGAUGCUCUCAUCAGUUCUCCGAUUUUGGCUGGGGAAGGAGGUGCCAUGCUAGGUCUCGGUGCCAGUGACUUUGAAUUCGGAAUAGAUCCCAGUGCUGAUCCUGAGCUGGCCUUGGCCCAAGUUUCUAUGGAGGAGCAGCAGCAGUGGCAGGAGGGGGAGCCCAGAUGAGCAGCUGCAGCUUCUGCUGCUGAGGCCAGGAUUGCUACAACUGGGACUGAAGGCUCAGACGAGGCCCUGCUGAAGAUGACCAUUAGCCAACAAGAGUUUGGCCAUACCGGACUUCCUGACCUAAGCAGUGUGACUGAGGAAGAGGAGAUUGCUUGUGUCAUGCAGAUGUCCCUGCAGGGAGCAGAGUUUGGCCAGGCGGAAUCAGCAGACAUUGAUGCCAGCUCAGCCAUGGACACAUCUGAGCCAGCCAAGGAGGAGGAUGAUUACGAUGUGAUGCAGGAUCCCGAGUUCCUUCAGAGUGUCCUAGAGAACCUCCCAGGUGUGGAUCCCAACAAUGAAGCCAUUUGAAAUGGCUCCCUGGCCUCCCAGGCCACCAAGGAUGGCAAGAAGGACAAGAAGGAGGAAGACAAGAAGUGAGACUGGAGGGAAAGGGUAGCUGAGCCUGCUCAGGGGACUGCAUGGGAGGUGCAGAAUAUAGGGUUAGAUGUGUGUUAUCUGUAACCAUUACAGCCUAAAUAAAGCUUGGCAACAUUAAAAAAAAAAAAAAAAAAAGGAAA